GUUCACUUGACACAUCAGCUGUUGUUUGACACCAAGAUGGCGAUCUGACAUUAAAAAUGAAAACAAACCGUGGAAAACAGUGAUUCCUCAAAACUCGCUUACGAUUUGCCAAUUUAACGUUAAAUCCAUGAAUAUCCCCUUUCGUGACAAUGGACGGCAUGUUCGAACUAUACCUAGACGGGAGCAUUGAGCCCGAUGACAUCCCCCAUACUGCAGACCCCGUCUACAUCCUAGGCAAGAAGUACAACGCACUCCAAGAAUUGGACACGAUCCGCCAAGACAUUCUCUCGAAAAUCUGGUUCACGUAUCGGAAAAAUUUCGUUCCAAUUGGGGGCGACGAAGGUCUCACCACUGACAAGGGCUGGGGCUGCAUGCUACGAUGCGGCCAGAUGGUUCUGGCGCAAGCCUUGGUCACGCUGCAUCUGGGCCGAGACUGGGUCUGGGAGCCCGAAACCAAAGACUCCACUUAUCUCAAAAUACUUAGCAAAUUUGUAGACAAGAGACAAGCGCCGUUUUCCAUACACCAGAUUGCCAUGAUGGGGGUGUCGGAAAACAAGGAAGUGGGGCAGUGGUUUGGACCCAACACUGUGGCCCAAGUCUUGAAGAAGUUGGUAAAGUAUGACGAGUGGAGUGCAAUUGAGAUGCACAUAGCGUUAGAUAAUACACUUAUUAUUAGCGAUAUAAGAGAGUUGUGCUUAAGUCAGGGGAGUGACGGUUGUAGCAGUGGGGACUGGAAGCCGUUGCUACUUAUUGUGCCUUUAAGAUUGGGACUGCAAGAAAUUAAUCCUAUUUAUGCUAGUGGAUUAAAGAAAUGUUUUCAGUUCAAACAAAGCCUGGGUGUGAUCGGUGGCAAACCGAACCUGGCGCUGUAUUUCAUAGGACAUGUAGGAGACGAAGUAAUAUAUCUAGACCCGCACACGACGCAGAAAUCCGGUUCCGUGGAAAGCAAAGAAACGGAAGAAGAAAUCGAGCUGGAUUCCACCUACCACUGUAAAUACGCUUCUAGAAUAAACAUACUCAGCAUGGAUCCCUCAGUGGCUGUGUGCUUUUUCUGCAACACUGAAGGCGAGUUCAACGAUUUGUGUCACUCGAUCAAGAAAGACCUCAUCGAGCCCGAAAAACAGCCGCUAUUCGAAAUCACUUAUGAGAAACCCAAACAGUGGACGCCGACGCUGGACGACGCCGUGGAGGCUGCCGAUUUCGAGCUAUCCGGAGAGUACGAUUCCGAGCACGAAUUUGAAAUUUUGUAACAAUUUUCUCAUUUAACUCAGUUUUUAUUGUCGCAAAUUGUGGAUAGAGGCCCGCAAAUUGUAAAUAUUUUUCUUACUCAUACUUGUUUCUGUACAUAGUGCAUUUACCGAGGGGCGCCACUCGAAAUGUUUUAACGCUGCCGGUGCCAAAAAUAUCGACUUAUUUUGUACAUAAAUGACGCCGAUAUGUUUCGUGUAAAGCUUUGUAUUUUUCACCAUAAUUGUGGGUCUGUGUUUUGUAACGAAGCGGGCGAACAGUCGUCGCACACGACAAAUAAUCCUGCAUUAUGUUAUGCCUUGACAAAUAAAAAGUGAAAUCAAUCUCGAUGCCACCAAAACAUUUAUUAUUAGUAGUAGUUCAUAAACAUUUUAUUUAGAUAAUUGAUUUUUAUAUUAUAACCUUUAUCAUAAAUAGACUUUAAAAAAAAGUUCUGACGGAACGACCAGACCUUAGCAGUAUACUCUAUAAUGCUGUAAAUAAAUGGUUCCGUAGUUUUGUUCCCCGUGUAUAAUCCACAAUCAGUUAAUAUAGUGCGGGAUUUAUUUGUAAAUAAAAAUGUACCGUUGGCAAUUGAAGGAAAAUAAAGAGAGCCAUCGUUUUAAA